GCUCCCGGCAGACACACACACACACGGGCACACUCACCCCCAGAGGCCCAGGGCUGCAUCUCGGGCUGAAUUGUCUCCCCUGGCAAAGCCCCCCCUUUAGACUUGAGAACAGCUCCUGCCUCGGGUCCCCGGGCUGGCCCAGGUCCCUGCGCACAGAGUGGCCUCCUGAGCCGCCUUGUCUGGUGUGCAGAGGGCACCCUCCUGCGUGAGCUGAGCCACCGGGUGGGGACACAGGGGACUGGGUGGCUGUGCAGCUAUGAGGUGUGGGGACACGGGGGCUGGGGUGGCUGUGCGGAGAUGGGGUUGGCCAGAACCAGGGAUCAGGGAAGGGGUUUGGAGCUGCCAGAGCUCAGGGACCAGAGUGAGAAGUGACAGGACCCUGGGGACCGGAAUCCAUUUUGAUCUGGGGACUCCGUCUUCUCAGUGAAUACUCACCAGCCGGUCACGUAGGAGUGAUCAUGGGUUGCGUUUUUAUUUAAAAUGUUACAAACACUCACGUGUGCAGAGAAGACUGGGUGGCAGGUGAGCCCCCUGGACCCUACACUCGGCUUCACAGCUGUCCGGGCUCCACAGACAGACCUGUCACUUUCCUUCUGUCUCUGGCGGAACAUUCCAGGGCCAACCCCAGACAUGCCUCCCUGGCCUCUGUAAUGAGAAGAGUCUGCACUCUGCUAGCGUGGUAUUUUAAACAAAGCAACGUGCUGUGACCACACGUGGCAGUUACCAUGCGUGAGCACGCCUCAGUGGCCGCCCGUACCCGUAUCCACAUCUGGGGGUUGUCCCGCACACGGGCAAGGCGGGGCCGUCCCUGCCUCAGUGGGUCUGGAUGGGCCCAGGACUAGCACCGUCUUGAAAAGUUCUCCAGGAGAUUUCAGGGAGCCCUCUAGGUCCAGAACUGCUUCCCCCAAAAUGGACAACAAGCUCCAGGGUCAUCCCUUCUGUCUUACAGAGAAGACACUGGGGUCGUAUCUGCAUUAGAAUCUCCUUCCUUGGUAGCUGAGUGGGUGACCGGGGGCAGGGAGACCCGUCUCCGUGGUUGUGCCCACUGACAAGCCUCUGUGCGGGCUGCAGUCACCCAGAUGCUGCUGGGGACACAAAAGGGAGGUCGUUCCAGGGUGAAGUUGUCAAGGUCGUUUGGACACAGCGUGGUGACCUGGGUUCCCAAUGGGGGUGCUGCCUGGGUCCCGGCUGCCAAAUGGCACAGAGCUGGGGAGCACAGAGGUGGCAGGCUCAGCUGUCCUCAGAGAGCACGACCCAGGAAGUGUUCCCGAUACUGGCGACCAGCCUGGACCCACACCCCGGACCCUGCCCCCUCGGGGGCCUACCAGGAACCGUCCAGGGACACAGGGACCAUCCCAUUCCUGCUCGCCCUGCAGGAAGAAGGCCUCCCAUUGUGCGGGUGGAGGAAGCCCCCUGAGGGCCUGGGGAUGAGCCACGGGGAAUUCGGGGAACCACAUGGCUCGCAGGCCCCCGGCCCCUGUAUAAGGGCCCAGGCCCACGGCCUGGCCUUCCUCAGUCCCGGGAGCUCAGUGCCACCACAGCCGCAGCCAUGAAGUGCCUCCCGCUCGCCCUGGGCCUGGCCCUCGUGUGUGGCCUCCAGGCCGCCAUCAUCCCCCCGACCAUGGAUGGCCUAGACCUGCAGAAGGUGGCUGGGACGUGGCACUCCAUGGCCAUGGCGGCCAGCGACAUCUCCCUCCUGGACUCGGAGACCGCCCCUCUGAGAGUGUACGUCCAGGAGCUGAGACCCACGCCCCGGGACAACCUGGAGAUCAUUCUGCACAAAUGGGAGGACAACAGGUGUGUUGAGAAGAAGGUCUUAGCAGAGAAAACGGAGUGUGCGGCCAAGUUCAACAUCAACUAUCUGGAUGAGAACGAGCUCGUCGUGCUGGGCACCGACUACGAGAACUACCUGUUCUUCUGCCUGGAGAACACUGAUGCCCCCGGGCAGAACCUCGUGUGCCAGUGCCUGACCAGGACCCUGAAGGCCGACAACGAGGUCAUGGAGAAAUUCGACAGAGCCCUCCAGACUCUGCCCGUGCACGUCCGCCUCUUCUUUGACCCGACCCAGGUGGCAGGUGACCGCCUCCACACCCCGCGUCCCUGCUCUCACCCUGCGUGCGGCUCACCCGUCGGACAGCCAUGAGCCCGGGGCGCGUCCGUCUCCCACGGUGGCCCCCAUUCCCCGGGCCCCCGGGGGAGGGGGUGCAGAGCCCCUGGGGCGGGGUCCCCCUCCCACCCCUCUGGGCCCAGGGCUGCCCUGGCGACCUGUGACCUCUCCCCCCCGGCUCUCUCUCCUCCCGCAGAGCAGUGCCGCGUCUAGGUAGGUGAGCUCCUGCCCGACCCGCCUCCUGGGGUAACGUAGCAGCCCUGCCCCCACGUCCUGGGCACGUGCACGGGUGGGGAGCGUCCCGGGGGACCCCCAGCUCCCCUCCGUCGGGCCCUGGCCCCUCUGCGGGAAUGGCUGGAACCCGGCGUCUCUCCUGCUGACCGCGGGGGCCGGGCUGGCAAUGCCAGUCAAGUGCCCGGCUCUCUCCUAGAGCCUGUUAGUUCCAGGCAUGUGCCCCACUCUGGGACCUCGUGUUUUC